AUGAUGGCAUCAAUAGGGGAAUUCGACCCUCUCAACACCAGAGUCCCUGCAACUAAAAUAGAAGUUACCGUAUCAUGCAGGAAUCUACUGGAUGUGGAUACAUUCUCCAAGUCAGAUCCGGUGGUCGUGCUGUAUUUGCAGGGUGUGGGAACCAAAGAGUGGAGGGAGUUUGGCAGGACAGAAGUAAUCGAUAACACUCGGAAUCCAGAUUUUGUCAGGAAGUUUGUCCUGGAUUUCUUCUUUGAAGAGAAACAAAAUCUAAGGUUUGAUGUGUACAAUGUGGACUCCAGAAGCUGUAACAUUUCCAAAUACAAGGACUUUCUGGGCCAGACCUUCUGUACCCUUGGAGAAAUUAUCGGUUCCACUGGAGGACACCUGGAGAGGAGUCUCUCUGGGAUUCCAGGGAAGAAGUGCGGUGUCAUUAACUUCACUGCAGAAGAGCUCAGUAACUGCAGGGAUAUUGCUACCAUGCAGUUGUGUGCCAACAAGCUGGACAAGAAAGACUUUUUUGGCAAGUCAGACCCCUUCCUGGUUUUCUACCGGAGUAACGAAGAUGGAACGUUCACCAUCUGCCACAAGACAGAGGUGAUCAAGAACACACUGAACCCAGUUUGGCAGCCCUUCACCAUCCCUGUUAGAGCUCUUUGCAACGGCGACUAUGACAGGACUGUGAAGGUAGACGUCUAUGACUGGGAUCGAGAUGGAAGCCAUGACUUCAUUGGCGAGUUCACCACCAGCUACAGAGAGCUGUCUCGGGGGCAGAACCAGUUCAAUGUCUACGAGGUUUUAAAUCCCAAGAAGAAAGGGAAAAAGAAGAAAUACAUCAAUUCUGGGACUGUAACUCUGCUGUCCUUCAAAGUGGAGUCCGAGUACACCUUUGUGGAUUUCAUCCGAGGAGGAACACAGCUGAACUUCACAGUGGCUAUAGACUUCACAGCAUCCAAUGGUAACCCAUCUCAGCCCACCUCCCUCCACUAUAUGAGUCCCUACCAGAUGAAUGCAUAUGCCAUGGCCCUGAAAGCAGUGGGUGAGAUUAUCCAGGACUACGACAGUGACAAGCUCUUUCCUGCUUACGGCUUCGGAGCUAAGCUGCCCCCUGAUGGCAAAAUCUCCCACGCGUUCCCACUGGCCGGUGACAAAGAAAAUCCAAACUGUGUGGGUAUAGAGGGGGUUCUGGAGGCCUACUUCCAGAGCCUGAGGACAGUGCAGCUGUACGGACCCACCAACUUCGCACCUGUUAUCAACAAAGUGGCAAACUGUGCAGCAGAGAUUACAGAUGGCUCUCAGUACUUUGUCCUGUUGAUGAUCACAGAUGGAGUGAUAUCCGACAUGGUCCAGACCAAAGAGGCUGUGGUCAAUGCAGCAUCACUCCCACUGUCCAUAAUCAUUGUAGGUGUUGGACCUGCUGAGUUUGAUGCUAUGGAGGAGCUGGAUGGAGACGAGGUGAGAGUAUCCUCCAGAGGACGUCUUGCUGAGAGAGACAUUGUACAGUUUGUUCCAUUUAGAGACUAUGUGGAUAGAUCUGGCAACCAGGUCCUCAGCAUGGCCCGGCUGGCUAAAGAUGUCCUCGCCGAGAUCCCCGACCAGCUGCUGUCUUUCAUGAAGAGCCGAGGAAUUGAACCGCGGCCGGCCCUGUCCAACUCUCCACUACCGCAGCUGCACCAACAUAUCUGACCCUGACACGGCCGCCACUCAUCUCCGCCUCUAUCUCCACCUUUCCGCUUAACCACGUUCACCUCCCCGCACGGUUAUUUUUCACUCAUAAAAAGGAGCAGCCUUUCAACCUGCGCCUUGCCCUCUCCUCUCUUAUCGCCGGCAAAAGCUAAACAGGCACAUCACAGCGGAGCAGCAGGCGCUCAUCCCUGACUUUCCUCUCUAACUCACCCCGUUAUGUACCAUUACUUUUCAUUUACUGUAUGAACGAACAAUGAGACUGAACCAUGACCGACCCCUCUCUUCCCCGCU